UCGCGGCGCCCUUCCCGCCGCGCGCGUCACCAUGGCGACGGCGUCCGCCGAGGUGGAUAAGGCCACCGCGCUCCUGGCGUGGCUCGCCGACGCCACGAACGAUCCGGGGAUCGAGUCGCGCGUCGCCCUGGGGGAGACCCGCCACGGCCGGGGCCUCGUCGCCGUCCGCAACCUCGUCCCGGGCGAGGUCAUCUUCAACGUCCCGUUCCGACUGGUGCUCUCGGAAGAUCACGACGAGGCGGACGCGUCGGACCUGCCGUGGUCCGCGCUCAUGGCCGCGCGGCUGCUCGAGGAAAGAUCGCGAGGAGGCGAACGCGGGCGGUGGAUCGAGUCCCUCCCGCACCUCGUGUCCACGCCGCCGCUGGAGUACACGGACGCCGAGCUCGCGGCGUGCGAAGACCCGAAAACAAUCGCCGAGGCUCGAGCGACGUCGGAGGGACACCUCGCCGCGUACGAGGCGCUCAAACCCCGUCUCGACGCGGUGGGAUGCGACGAACGCGACUUGCGCUGGGCCACCGGCGUGUUGCACAGCAGGUGCUUCACGCACGGCCCGAGGGGCACGCACCUCGCCGUGCCGGGAGUGGACAUGUGCAACCACGACUUCGCCGGCGCCAACGCGGAAGUCGCGGUGGUGACGAGCCCGGAGGACGUGCAGGGCGUCCGCGCGACCGCAGAGAUCGCCGACGUGGACGAGCGCGAGAAGACCGGUGGGGCACGCGGUGACGGGGAUACGAUGUUUUUCCAGCUGAGGGCCGGGGAUGACGGCGUGGAGCAGGGGGAGGAGGUGACCAUAUCGUACGGACCGUGGCCGAACGAUCCCUUCUUUCUCUACUUUGGAUUCGUCCCCGAAGGUAACCCCAACGACGCGGUGGUGCUCUUCGACGACGUCGACGACGUCGCGAUGUGUGCGGCCAGGCUGGACAUGAUGUCCAUCGCCGAGGCGGGGGAGAGGGCGGCGGCGGCGACUGUCGCGUUUGCCGAGGAGGAAAAAGACGGCGGCUCCGGCGCGCCGACUCGCAUGGUCAUCACGCGCGAGGGCAUCGACGAGGGCAUGAUGCGCGCGUGCGGCGCGAUGGGGUUCGACCAGGACACGUUCAACGCGCUGCUGGAGGGACGAUGCAGGGAGCUCCUGCGUUUGUACCCGACGAAGCUCAAGGAGGAUCGCGGGUUACUGAUGAGCGGGACGCUGACGGAGAACGAGGCUACGUCGACGCUGUACAAGAUGAGCAAGAAGGAGGUGCUGCUGGGUCCCCUCGCGGCGGCGGCGGCGAGGCAGAGCGGGGCGGCGGGGACGAUCAUUCAGGCGUGACGCGUCCCGCUCCACCGGGGUAGGCGCGUCGUGACCGGCGGCAUUGUUUUGGUACAACCCCAACGUUAUUAACUUUAUUAU